GCAGGAGCCAAAUUCAACAACGUAACCGAACUAGGACUAAUUUCACAAACAAUUUGUAUCUUCUUGAAAAGUUCAACAGCCUUAACUGCCCUUCCACACUGUGCAAACCCAGAAAUCAUUGCAUUCCAAACAACAACAUCCCUUUCAGGCAUUUUAUCAAACACCUUCAAAGCACUAACCAAAAUCACCCAUUUUACUAUACAUAUCAGUAAAUCCAGUCCCAAUAAAGACAUCAUUUUCAAGAUUCCUUUUCACUACCUCUUCAUGAAUCUUUACACCCUUUUCAAAACUAGAUAACCCUAUACAAACUUUCAGCACGAAUGUAAACGUAUACUUAUCCGGCUCAAUCCGCUUAUUUUUCGCCAUUAAACUGUACAUUUUCAAGGAAUCUUGAUGCUGAUUUGCUCUUAUAUAAGCUCUGAUCAUUGAAUUCCAUAGAAUUAGAGGUGGGUUUGGUGUUAAGUCGAAAAGGGUGCGAGAAAAAUUGGAUCUUUUGAAGGAAGACUAAAGAUCUUUUGAGUUCUUGAUUGGUGUUCAGCGUUAUUGGAUUUUGAGAUAAAUGCUUAGAUAAUCACCGUUAAUUGUAGUAUCCUUUCAGUCUGCUCUAAUGCUUGCUUAGUUGCUACUCUGUAACUUCUCUUAUAACAAUAUAUGCCACUGGCCAUAGCUAGUUCUUCCAUCCCGCCAUUGUAGUCGAGGCGAGUUUAUAGUGUUGUCAUAAUGGUGAAAUAGUCUAAUAAUGUCGUCAGUGCCGCCGUCACAGUUGUCGCUGCCGCAACGGACACCGGCUGAGAUCAGAAUUGAGACGAAUGAUGAUUUCUCGAGUGAAUUAUUGGAAUCUUGCGAUUCAGAUUUGAUUUGGAGUUGGAGGUGAAGAAGCAAAAGUUUAAUGAGGAGGAAGAAGAUGAUGAAUCGAGCGACUGCAAAACUUUGGAGCCUUUACCAAUGGAGGAUGAUAGUACAAACUGUUGCAAGCUGGAAGAGGAUUCAGAGGAUGAGUGUGUGAUUGAUAGAGAUUGCUGGAACAAGUAUUCACAACAGCUUCGUGAAAGUCAGGGAUUUGACAUUAAAGAUUAUCUUGGUGGGCAUCCAGGGACUACCAUAUUCCCCAGGCCAAACUACUUGGAAUUUCCUACUAAUGUUGAAAGGAUGAAGGAUUAUGCUGCACAGGCACUUAAGCUGUACAACGAGAAAUUUGACACUAAAUAUGAGGUCAAUGAGAUUCUCAAGGUUAAUGGAGAUGAGUGUGGCAUUUACUUUAUCUUCUAUAUUACCUUUACGGUUACAAAUGGCGAGAAGGAAUAUUUUCAAGCCUAGGUGGUGCGACGUGUAGGUGGAUCUUUGCGUUUCUCAAUCGUAAGGCCAGGGGUAAUGAAAUCUUCUAUACAUGCCUUUUGUCAUCUAGUAAUUCGUUCUUCCUUUGGUUUAUUUUUAAUUGUUAUACUAACUCUCUCUCUCUCUUGUGCUUUUAUGUAAGCGAAUGGAGCUUUGGGCGUAUAGUGGAUGUGAAGUCUGUGCAUUGUUUUGCCUCGGGUUCAAGAUUUAGUUUUGCGUUAAUAGCUUCUUGUUAAUGUUGGACACUGUUUCUAGUUAAUUGUGUCUUUGUUUCAAGUUAGUUUGUCAUCA